AUGGCAAGCAUUCAUGAAUUACUUGAUUUUCUACAGGCCUACGGAGGACUAAGAGGAGCGGUUUCAUUCUCUCUAGCUUUUAUGAUCAGUGACAGCGUGCCGGUGAAGAACACAAUACUGUCGGCAACCUAUAUGGUUAUUUUGUUCACGGUGUUUUUGCAGGGAGGAACAAUAAAGCCUCUAGUGCGGUACUUGAAUAUUCGCUUGGCUCGUAAAGAAGUGCAUUUCCGACUGUUCAUGGAAUUCAAUAGAGGAAUGAUAGUGCACAUGACGCAGGGAAUAGAAGAUCUCUGUGGUUAUAAAGACCGCAGCGUUGCCGUAAUUAUCCGUAUCCUGAGUGUGUUUUCGAAAGCGUACAUACGGCCGAUGCUGCAACGAGGCUACAAAAACGAGCAGAAAGAGAGUAAGCUACUGGAGAUGAAUCGAUUCGAGACGAUGAGGGAACUAAAGCAAAGUCCAUCUCAAAGUUCGUUCAAGUGGCAGCAGGCUGUUGAUGAGCUGGCUGAA